AUGACUCGAUGUUGUGGGAAGAGUAAGAUCGAGAAUCCUAGCCACAAAGAUGAGGAGGUCGACCCUGCAAGUCAAAUCAAGGUCGCCAUCAAAGACGGAGACGAAGAUGAAGGAGACCAAGAACCCCAAGGACUCACCGCAUGGACAUGGGCAUGGUUGUGUGCAGCGAUAAUGUCCCUACCUUUGCUCUCUUGGAUGGCUCGCAUUCUUGAACAGCCUGUCCGGAGAUCGGCUGAGCCGAACAUCAUCGCCACAUCGGCCGCGCAGUGCAAGACUGAUGGCUCAGGUUCCGGUGGAGAUCCAGAAUCUCCUGGACGUGCGUGUGCGACCGCGACGGCGAGGAUCAAGUUGUUUCCACCCCUGGGAUGGCGAACAACAGCCCAAUACGUCAAUCAGAGCAUUCCCGUCAGUAGAGACGUCGGGUCCUCCAUGGCGCGGCAAUCGACUGGGAGACGCAAGCUGGGUUCGAGUGGAUGGAUCCAGACCGCAGGUCUCGGAAAAUGCAAGCGGACUGAUAUCCGAAGGAGAUAUCCUAGAUGGUCGGACGAUAGGAACAAACGCGGCAAGGUUGGCAAGAAGUGCCUGUCCAGACAUACGGAGAAGCUAUGGUUCAAGCACACGAGGAACCAGUAUCGAUCAAGAAGAAAUGGCAUGGCAGCGGCAGUAGGGUCGACAAAGGCCAUGCCUCGCACAGCACAUCAUCUCCAUCAUUCAGAUCACUGCCAUCCCGGUAUGGAGCCAAGGACGUCAACUUCGUCUGCGGACGCUGAAUACCUUCGCCGGCUUGUGCACAAGCAGAGAGACAUUCGCCGGCGCCGACGUCGACACGCGGCUAUAGCUCUUUCAAAUCUGAUGGCCUCUUUGGAUGUGUCAGAGACAUCUUCACACGCCGUUCCCCCUCAGAAAGAUGCCGGUUUUAAUGCAACCGCAACGGCAAAUUGUCCGAAAGAGAGGAGAUUGUCCGAGGCUGUGCCGCUUCCAGAGCAUGAAGCGGACGCAACGCCACAACACGGGGAGUUGUCAGAUCUGAAAGUCGGUCCAGAGUGUACUCGCACCAUUGUUGCCGCUACAAGCUUUGAAGAGAGCCCAAGGCCUAUCAAGUCUGUUCCAAAUUCAAAGCUCGACACGACGUUGGAAGCGGAAUCCUCGAGGUGGGACGUGGCCCAAAAGUGGUGGCAGGAGCAAGAAGUAAAAGCCGACAUUGUAGCCGUACCAGAAAGUCCGGGUACUGAGCGGGACAGUAUCAAAUGCAGCCAGUGCAGCAAAGCUUUUGCCACACAGUCUGGCCUAAGUCGGCACACAUGA